GGGACGGGGAGUGUUCUGGCUGCUGAGCUGAGCGGGGAGGAAGGAGCAGAGAAUACUUGCACACAGAAGGGGAGACUGCUGCACUUUGAGCCCAGAGAGAAUACAGUAGCAGCGAGUCCAGCAUGGCCACUGUAAGCCAGAUCUGCAAGGCUGGGACCCACGUCCACAGGUGUGCUAUGACUUUGGGGCCCCUUGGUGGCCCCCUCUCUACAUGCAGGCAGAAGCUGACUCUGCGGUGGGCCUCACACUCCGCAGUUUGGGGCUCCUCGCCGGCCUGCGGAAGCAAAUGCGCAAAGCUCCAGUCUCCUCCACUGCGCAACUUCUCAGAAACAACGUUCAACUUGCCCACGAGUGAUGAAGAAGUUGCCGGGCCGGCUGGCAUCUGCACCAUGAUGAGAUUACCCUACCAGGAGUCUCCCGAGGGUUUGGAUGCGGCUUUUAUUGGGGUCCCGCUGGAUACUGGCACCUCAAACCGACCAGGAGCAAGGUUUGGGCCUCGUCACAUCAGGGGAGAGUCCUCUAUGAUCAGGAGGUACAACGUGACCACACGAGCCGCUCCGUUCGACUCACUCAUGGUGGCUGAUAUCGGCGACGUCAAUGUGAAUUUAUACAACCUACCGGACAGCUGCCAGAGGAUCAGGAAAGCUUACCAGAGGAUAAUGGCGGCCAGAUGUAUACCGCUGACACUGGGUGGGGAUCACACAAUCACUUAUCCCAUCCUCCAAGCUGUGGCUGAAAAACACGGACCUGUCGGCUUGAUACAUGUGGAUGCCCACACCGACACUGGGGAUUCUGCCCUGGGGGAGAAGAUCUAUCAUGGGACUCCAUUCAGACGCUGUGUGGAUGAAGGAUUGCUGGACUGUAAGCGCGUUGUACAGAUUGGGAUACGAGGUUCCGCCUACAGCGCAGAGCCAUACCAAUUCUGCAGAGAUCAGGGAUUCCGUCUGGUCUUUGCUGAAGACUGCUGGUAUAAGUCCCUGGUCCCGCUCAUGUCAGAAGUGAGGCUUCAAAUGGGAAUAAAACCGGUCUACAUCAGCUUUGAUAUCGAUGGGAUUGACCCGUCGUUUGCCCCUGGCACAGGAACCCCAGAGAUCGCUGGUCUUACAACGCACCAGGCUCUGGAGAUAAUCCGCGGCUGCAAAGGGCUGAAUAUCGUGGGCUGUGACCUAGUGGAAGUGGCGCCUGUUUACGACCAGUCAGGUAACACCGCACUGACCGCGGCUAACUUGCUGUUUGAGAUGUUAUGCGUACUGCCUAGAGUGAAGACAUAUUGACCGAGACAUGACAGAGGCUGUGCAGCAGGGGGCGCUCUAUCAGCACUGGAAUAACUACUCUGGACAGGACACCACAGGAAGAUAAUCUGCCCAGAACAUAGACUGGAACACUCAAUUACAACAAAAACAAUCAGAUGACAGAACAGCUAUAUAACAUAAGUAACUUGGGGUGGAAUGUCUCAAACCUUCUAAACAAUGGAGGUGAUGUGGGCAAGCGGAGAAGUUGCCUAUAGAAACCAACCAGCUCCUACUAUCAGUUUAUAGACCCUACUGGACAACUGCUUGAAGCUGUUGGUUGCUAUAGGCAACCUCCCCACUCUUUAGAAGGCUUGAUACAUUUCUCCCUUUGACGUCAGUACAAAAUAUAUGGAUCAUGGCACUUUAUUAGAUAGAAAUUACACCAUAAAGAAUUUUAUUCUCAUAGCUGUGCAGAUUUAACAACAAGUGACAUUCUGGUUAUCACUCACUACGAACGGUGCUCCAGCCAAUCAGCUCCUAACGGGCAUGUUUUUGAAAAAUGGCAAGAGCUGAUUGGCUGGAGAACCAUUUAUCAUUUGUAACGAGUGAUAACAAUUGUUAAAUCUGCCCUAUUGUGUCGUUACUUACAAGAGGCUGCACAAUUAGCGAUUACUGGGGAUAAGCAAUCUUGUCCGAUGUGGGAGGGAAGUUAGAACCUGAUUCAGGCUUGUAAGUAAAGCAAAAAAAAAAAAAAAGUAUGGAACUGUGUCUGGAACAUACUAUGUAGCCGUACAAAGGGGAGCAAAUACAUAUAUUGUUUCUGUGCAGGGUAAAUACUGGAUGCAUUUGCAUGUAGCCCACACGCUAGCUUUAGUUUUACAAUGCAAUUUAGGAUUUAAGUUCGAACACACUACAUUCAAACCUAACUCUCUCUGCACGUUACAGAUGGGUCCACGGUUAUCUUGGCUAGUUUUCUGCGCCAAGGCACACUAUGGUUUUAUUUAUAUAAACCCUUCAUCUAUUGUUCUCCGCUGCAAUACAAUACAGAGAGAACAUUACAGCAGGGGAUUAAGUCCGAUUGGCCAGUCUCCGUUAAUCCUAUUAAAAGUCAAGAUAAAUGUAGACCCAUCUGUACAUCUGCCCCAACUGCAGUGCAGCAUGGUUUUGCCCAGCUGCUUGCUUUUUUGCUGUACUUACAAACUUGAAUCAGGCACAUUGCUGCACAGAUAUAAAUGACCAUUCUCCAACGCCACUAUACAAAUAAACAAGAACUAUUACUCA